AUGGUCCAUGGAGCAGAUGAAGAACUAUGGAAGCUUGAGGCAAUGAAUUAUCAUAAGAAUAAAUUAAAAGUGUGGUCAUGCUUCACUGUGGGUUCCAAGCUGAAUAACUCUGUGGAAAAAGACGUGUUGUUGAAAUCUAUCCAUAAAUUAUAUUGUCACAGAAUGAAGCUACGUCUUAAUAUAUUCCCAAAUUCCAAAGGUAAGUUAAUCACACGGGAGAUUAAUUGCUGGAGGGAUGAUUUUGUGGAGUUUUAUCAAUUUGAUGAGUCGGUCUUUGAGCUAAGUGACUUUAUAAAUAAUCAGCAUAGACAAAUAUUUCCUUUUGGGGUUCAAAACCCACUUUGGAAACUGAUUGUUAUAAACCAAAGAUGGCUGUUGUUUGUUGUGGAUCACACAUUAUAUGAUGGAACCACUGUAACAUUGAUGAAUGAGGAGCUGUUGUACAUCUUGAAUGAUCAAGAGAUUACUCCUGAGGUUAACCCAGAUAUAAAACAGUUCAAUGCUCUUAUCAGACCAGGCUGUCUUCAUUUAUUAAGUAAAGUAUUGGAAACAUUUUCUCCGGAUUGGAUACAACCAUUUGUUAGAUACCUGGUGAAACCUAAAACAAAGUAUGAAGGCUCCAAAAAAGGUUGGGUCUUGAAUAAUGGGAAAACAUUAACACAUCAAACAUAUAAAUAUAUUAUAAGUUUGGAUUCAAAGCAAUUCCUCAAGUUAAAAUCAAUUUUAAAAACUAGAAAUGUUCAAUUUACCAGCUUUUGGGUUUAUCUGAAUAUCCUUGCAUUAUCUCAAUUGAAAAAUGAAAACAUCGAUAUUUCUGUUCCCUUUAAUCUUCGAUCGUUAUUAUUAGAUGAAUUCCAAUCUUAUUAUGGUUUAUUAAUCUCACAUAUGCAAAUGAACUGCAAAACUCAAUCAAAUUUGAAAACUAUUGAUUGGAGAUAUGUGAAAUAUAUAAAUUCACUUUUCACUAAACCAAAAUUGAUCAAAUCUGCUGGAAUUAUCGGUAUGCUGAAAUAUGUUUGCUCGAAGGAUCUUGUUCUAUCAUGUAUACCACAACCUAGAAAAGGUGUUUUAGAAGUUUCAAAUUUAGGCUUAAGAAUACCAAAAGUUACCGCGGUGAACCCAAAGUUUCUGAUUGAAGAGUUCAUAUUCUCCCAACCAAAUGAUAUCACAGGUUAUUAUAUUUCAAAUAGUAUUAUAUCCACUAAAAAUAAGACAAACAUCACUUUGGAUGGUGUUCCAGAAUUCGGUCCUUAUUUUAAAGAUUUUGUUCAAAUUUUGGAAUCAUUACUACAUAAUGCUUUAGAUGGUCUUUAUGAUUAG